GUUGGAGUUUGAGCUUUGGGUUUGAAAUUAAUUUUGACCUCGACAAAAAAAAACAACAGUAGCUGUGCAACAAAUUACGAAAGCAAACUGGUGGUCAAAUAAGGAAAAUCUGGCGAUAUUUUGCAUGAACCUCAUAUCACUUUUAAUGCGAAGAGGCUCGUCCCAAGGGAAGUAAAACUUGAUUUUCGGGUCUCAAAGGGGUGUAUCAUCGCCGCAGGCAACUUGAAAACAAUGGUGCGCGAACGCAAACAACGUAAACUCUAUCUAGAAGAAUGGACUCCUGCGGACGAUGACUUGGAGGGUACACGAGGAUUCAGCGUUUCAGAAAAACUGGAGUCCUCAAAGUUCGCACAAACUAGCAUGGUUCGUGAGAUGCGCGGUAGUGAUUUGAGUGUGGCUUUCCUUCAACAAUAUGGCUUCAAUAUUCCGUUAUUAUUUCGCGAAAAAGCCGACUUGGGACUACGUAUGCCCGAUCCCAAUGAGUUUACAAUAAAUGAUGUGCGUCUUUGUGUUGGUUCACGUCGCAUACUGGAUGUGAUGGACGUGAACACACAGAAAAAUCUACAAAUGACGAUGAAAGAGUGGCAACAGUAUUAUGAUAAUCCACAGAAGGAUAGACUGCUUAACGUAAUCUCGCUGGAGUUUUCCCAUACGCGUUUAGAUAAUUACGUGCAAUGUCCGGAAAUUGUCCGGCAAAUCGAUUGGGUGGACGUUGUAUGGCCGAAAUGUUUAAAGGACGCGCAAAAGGAGGGUACAAAUGUGCUAGGAGAAAUGAUGUAUCCAAAGGUGCAAAAAUAUUGUCUCAUGUCAGUGAAGAAUUGCUACACAGAUUUCCAUAUUGACUUUGGUGGCACUUCGGUCUGGUACCAUAUUUUGAAGGGGAGUAAAGUUUUUUGGUUGAUACCUCCAACAGAAAAAAAUCUGCAAUUAUACGAGAAAUGGGUAUUAUCCGGCAAGCAGGCGGAUAUUUUCUUUGGCGAUACAGUGGAAAAGUGUGCACGGGUUUAUUUAACAGCGGGUAACACUUUCUUCAUACCAACUGGUUGGAUCCAUGCAGUUUAUACGCCUACAGACACACUUGUAUUUGGUGGCAAUUUCUUGCAUUCCUUUGGUAUUGUUAAGCAACUUAAGACGGCGCAGGUGGAAGAUGCGACCAAGGUUCCCCAGAAAUUCCGGUACCCUUUUUUCACCGAAAUGCUGUGGUAUGUCCUAGCACGUUAUGUUUACACACUGCUUGGUCACUCUCAUCUGGAGGGCGAGCCUUCGGUGAGUGAAGAGGAAAUGGCCAAGCGCGACCAUGUACACCUCACACAUUAUGAACUUUUCGGACUGAAAGAGAUUGUCAUGUAUUUGUAUGACCUGCCGCCACAGAAAAAAAAUGUGCCCGAACUUGUACGAGACCCAGUGGCAUUAAUCAAGGACGUACGUACGUUGGUGGAGCGACAUUGCAAGGAUAAGCCGGAGUUAGCAAUAACUGGCGAAUCGGUGCUAAAGCCGCCCGGUCAGAUGCAUCCCACAUUUCAAAUGUAUGAUCGCGCCACGGUCAAGCAGGAAAUCAAGGCAGAGAUUGCGCGUAAAAAUGCAGAAAUCAUACGUGAACAACAGCAAUUGGAUGCAGCGAAUGCGGCAAAUUUGGCAGAAAACUCAUCAGUUAAUAAUGCGAUAUUAAAUAAAAGCGAUAUCAAUUCAAAAUCCAAUGUAAUUUGUUUGGCCAAUGUGACGGAUAAUGGUGGUGUUAUUGUAAAAGAAUGUAAGAAGGAGCCCAUCGAGAAUGGCACACCACAGCCAGCUACAUUCGUGUCUCCCACGGACAGCCUCAAGUAUCGCCCGCCUAAGAAGAUGCACCUCGCUAAUGCUGUCGCUGCUGCUGCUCAUCAAGCCAACAAUACAGUCAGUGUUAUUGCUUCUUGUUCAAGUUACAAUUCUGCAUCAGUUGGGCAUUCAACAACCACAACAACAACAAGUUCGACGGUAACAACGACAACGACGGGGUCCAAUCAAACUAUUUUACACUCACAUUCACAGUCCAGCACACACAACGCCAGCAGCAAUGUUAGUGCUGCUGAAAGCUCCUGCUUCUCGCCGAAUGAAUCGAAGCUGUCACCCAACGUGACUGGUACAGGACAACCACGUCGCCGACGAACACGUUGUAAAGUUUGUGCCGCUUGUCAGCGCUCUGACUGCGGCGAGUGCAGCUUUUGUUUGGAUAUGGUAAAAUUCGGUGGGCCCGGGCGUGCCAAGCAGACAUGUAUGAUGCGCCAGUGUCUGUCGCCUAUGCUGCCGGUUACUGCGCAAUGUUUCGUUUGCCAUUUGGAUGGUUGGCGUCAAGUGCCCGUGUCGCCGCAAACGAAGCAAUUGGCAUCACUAGAAGGACCAUCAUCGCUAAUGGAAUGUUCGGUUUGCUAUGAGAUUGCGCAUCCUGAUUGCGCACUAUCGUUGUUGGAUGGCACCGAAGAUGCAGCAGAUGCUAAAGGGAUAGUGAAUGAGGACUUGCCGAAUAGUUGGGAAUGUCCGAGCUGUUGCCGAUCGGGGAAAAAUAAUGACUACAAGGUACAUAUGUAUGUUGUUAGUUGAGUUUAUGUGCUGUAUUUAGAGACGCAUAAUGAAACACGACUAUGAUACAGUUAAUUUAUAAAUUAGUUUAAAAUAGCCCAUCGCUGAGUUUAAAACCAUGUGCUAAUUCUGUUACAGCCAACCUUUCUUGACUAUGAUUGUGCAUCAAUAAUUGGGAAUGUUUUCUAAACACAAAAGCUAUGAGCUCUUCCAAUUCAUUCUAAUUAUAAUGAGUAAUCCCAUAAUUGAAACAACCAAUUUUAGAAAUAGUUCCUGUAAACGUUUGCAUUAGUCUUUUUUCAAAAUACAUAUCGUUAAUGAAGAACCAACACAAUUAUGGUUCACUAAAGAGCUUAAAAAAUUUAAAAAU